UCAUUCCAGCGGUCAUGCUGUUCUCCGGUCCCGUUAGCCGGUCGGAGGCUCCGGAGCGCUGUCUCGGGAUCGGGGUGGCUAACGGAGAAGGUGCGAGAGGAGGCGACGCCCCCGCCGCACGCAGGCGGGUGUGAGGUCCGGCGACGCCGCCCGCGGGCCCCGCGCCCGGGACCGCCGCGCCCACGGAGCCCGAUGGCGGCGGCCACGCUGGGGGGCCUGCCUCAGGGCAGUGUGACCUUUGAGGAUGUUGCCGUGUACUUCUCCUGGGAGGAAUGGAGGCUCCUGGAUGAGGAUCAGAGACGCCUGUACCGCCACGUGAUGCUGGAGAACUUGGCGCUUGUGUCCUCACUGGGUUGCUGGAGUGGAGCAGAGAAUGUGGAGUCACCCUUUGAAGGGAGUGUUUCUGUAAGAAUGUUACAGGCCCGGACUCUGAAGGAACCUCUGGCUUCCCACACUGACAUGUGUGGUCCAGUCUUGAGAGAGAUUGUCCACUUGGAUGAACACCUGGGAACACAACAUGGCCAGAAUAUGUUUAAAUGUGGGGCAUGUGGGAAACAAUUUUAUUUCUGUGAAAACCUUCAACAGCACCAGAAGCAGCAUGUGGGAGAAAAAACCCUUAUAAGCAGUGUGGAUAGGGCCUCAUUUGCGAAGAGUUGCAAUUUCCAUGUGUCAGGGAAGCCUCUUAGCUGUGGGGAGAUUGAGAAGGACUUACUGACCACCACAGAAAAUCUCCAGCCAAAGGCUGUUCAUACCAGAGAGAAGCCAAACAAAAUCUCCGAGUGUGGGAGGACUCUUCAAAGCAUAAGAAAUCAUCACACCUGGGAAUGCAGGAAAACCUUCAGCCCCAAACUCACUCUUGUGGAGGACCAGAAUAUCCACGCUGGAAGACAGUGUAUUGUGUGCCAUGAAUGUGGGAAAACAUUCAAAUACAAAUCCUCAUUUGUUGCUCACCAGAGAGCCCACACCGGUGACAAGCUUCAUGUGUAUGGUGAAUGUGGAAAAUCCUUUAGGGAAAGCUCAGCUCUAAGUCAACAUAGAAGAAUUCAUACUGGGGCAAGGCAGUACAAGUGUAGUGAAUGCGGAAAAUGCUUUAACCAAAAAUUUAUCCUCAUUUAUCCUCGGAGAAGUCACACUGGUGAAAAUUGUUAUGUGUGCCAUGAAUGUGCACAAUCUUUUAGUCACAAUUCUCUCAUUCGACAAAAUACACUUCACACUGGAGAACUGAGUUAUGAGUGCACUGAAUGUGGGAAAUCCUUUACACAAAAAUCUGACCUCAGUGAACACUGGAGAGUUCACACAGGAGAAAGGCCUUAUGAAUGUAGUGAAUGUGGGAAAUGUUUUACUUCUAGCUCCGCCCUCCGCUAUCAUCAGAGAGUUCACACUGGAGAAAAGCCUUAUAAAUGUAGUGAAUGUGGGAAGUCUUUUACUUCUAGUUCUGGCCUCCGUUAUCAUCAGAGAAUUCACACAGGUGAAAGGCCAUAUGAGUGUUGCGAUUGUGGGAAAACUUUUACCCAAAUAAAUCACCUCAUUAUACACCGAAGAGUUCACACAGGAGAAAGGCCUUAUGAGUGCAGUGAAUGUGGGAAAUCCUUUAGCCACAAAUCUUACCUCUCUCAACACCAGAGAGUUCAUACUGGAGAAAGGCCCUAUGAGUGUAGUGAAUGUGGAAAAUCUUUUACCUCUUGCUCUGCCCUCUGUUACCAUCAGAGAGUUCACACGGGGGAAAAACCUUAUGAGUGCAGUGAAUGUGGGAAAUCUUUUACCAAUGGACCAAUACUCAUUCGACACCGUAGGGUUCACACUGGAGAAAGGCCUUAUGAGUGUAGUGAAUGUGGGAAAUCCUUUACACAAAGAAAUCACCUCAAUAUACACCACAGGGUUCACACAGGAGAAAGGCCCUAUGAGUGUAGUGAAUGUGGAAAAUCUUUUACCUCUGGCUCUGCCCUCCGGUAUCAUCAGAAAGUUCACAUUGGAGAAAGACCUUAUGAGUGCAAUGAAUGUGAGAAGUCUUUUACCUCUAGCUCUGCCCUCCGUUGUCAUCUGAGAGUUCACACAGGAGAAAGGCCUUUUGAUUGCAGUGAAUGUGGGAAAUCUUUUAGGGAUAGUUCUCAGUUGAAUCAACACCAGAGAGUUCACACUGGAAUAAAGCCUUAUGAAUGCAGUGAUUGUGGGAGAUCCUUUAGCCAGAAUUCUUACCUCUCUAAACACCGGAGAGUUCACACUGGAGAAAGACCUUAUGGGUGUAGUGAAUGUGGGAAAUCUUUUACAUCUAUCUCUGCCCUUGGUUAUCAUCAGAGAGUUCACACUGGAGAAAGGCCUUAUGAGUGUAGUGAAUGUGGGAAAUCUUUUACCAAUAGCUCAAUACUCAUUCGACAUCGGAGACUUCACACAGGAGAGAGGCCUCACAAGUGCAGUGAAUGUGGGAAAUCCUUUACCCAAAGAAUUCACCUCAUUAUUCACCGGAGGGUUCACACAGGAGAAAGGCCUUAUGAGUGUAGUGAAUGUGGGAAAUCUUUUACCUCUCGUUCCACCCUCCAUUAUCAUCAGAGAAUUCACACAGGAGAAAGGCCUUAUGAUUGCAGUGAAUGUGGGAAAUCUUUUAGUCGAAAAUCUAACCUUUCACAGCACCAGAGAGUUCACACUGGAGAAAGGCCAUAGAUGUGUAGGAAAUAUACAGGUUCUAUGUUCAGUGUAGUAACAGCAAAGGAAACUCUGUGAGGUGCCAUUUGUCUGAAUUGAAUCUCAUACAUCCAAACACCAACAGUAGGGAGAUGCCCCCUUUGGUUUCAGUUAUGUGGGAAGCAUGUGUAGCUGUAAUGUACUUUCUAAACUGCCCUGGGCUCUUACCAGGUUUAUGUCACUGCCAAUUUCUGUGGCCAAAGCUCUUUUACCUCUACCACCUGGCAGGUCCCCACAUUGUGCAUGAGUCAUUACCCCAGUGUGCUCAGGGAAGCUGACUCUUCUCUCAUUUGGUGGAGGAAAUCAGGACUAAAUUGAGCCCUUAGGGGUCUGCAUUUCCUUAUCGCUGACAACCAUGGGCAUUGACUUGAACCUGUGUUGGCCCAGGGAACAUAAUAUGAAUUUAUCUGGCUGCUUGCAGAGGACUACUAUUUUCAGGGACAUGGUCUCUCAAGAUACUUGUGAUGAAUUUUUCCAGUUUCUGAGUCACCAACUCAAGAACUGCUAACCCCACAUCACUUUGGCUUGUACGAUAAUGAAGGAGGCUUUGUUUAAGUCCUCUUUAAUCUUGGGUUUACUGUUUACUGCAUGGGGUGGUUUAUAAACAGAUUUAGGUGUCUACAAGCAUGAUAGAUGAGCAACUUUUAUGCAGAGGUCUCAAACUUUCUGUGCUUGUAGGGGACAGAUGGCAGAAAUUAGCUCACAAGUUUGCCAAACAUGAACUGUUGCCCAUUUCCUCCCAGGAAAGACUGCAAGGCUUUCUACUCCUCAUUUGAAACAUGGAUGCUAUGAAUUUCAGGAGACUCAGAUCACCCUUUCGAGAGGGCAGGUGUGACAACUGCUUCUGGAAGCAGCAUGAGGUUUUUCCCUUGUUCAUAUGUGAUGUCGGCACUGUUGAGAAUCUCUUCACUAGGUCCUUCGAAGAGCCAUGUACCCUGAUGACCAUAAGUCAGUAGGUGAUGGUCACUGGUUGUAAGACCAUUGGGGUCAGGGGAAGCCAGAAUUGCUGCAGAAACACUGAAUGGGGAUCGGAGAAGACUGCAGCCAACUAGAGGAAUGUCCUAAAAGUGCAUCCACAAAUAUUUCUGUGACAAUGAGUGCAGCAUCGGUGUAUAUGCAAAUCUGAGGACCUUCAGGCAUGCUUAUCUCGUGUAGCUGAAGUCAUUGAAAAUCAAGCUUUUGUGGAUUCCUAUAGCCUCUCAGUGAUGUUCACCUCAAAAUCUUUGAUACACGUGAAGAAAAACGAAUGGAGGAUCCAUAGUCCAAGUAUGUAAAUUUUGUGCCCAGAUGGCAUUCCUGUUGACUAGGAGAGAGUCCUUCAUUGUCGUUAUAUUUGCUGUCAGUGAGGCAAGCCUGAUCCCCCAGAGGGCAUGAGAAGGUGGAGUGAAUACAGUGUUGCCAAACCUAUUUUCCAAAGAAUUGGACAUAGUUUUGACUCAAAACAUUUAAAGAAACAUUAUUAAGCUAUAACUUACAUAUAAUAAACUGUACAUAAAGUGUAGUAUUUGACAAGUUUUGGCAUACAGAUGAACCUGAAAAAAACAUCACUAUAGUCAUGACACUGGCCAUAUUGUGUGCUUUUAUAAUCUCUCACUGCCCUUCACAGCCCUCCAAGUAACCACUGAUUCACUCUCUAUAAUAACUGCAUUUUCUAGAAUUCAUAUGAUGGAAAUCAAAGUAUUUACAGUUUUUUUGCUUGCUUUUGUGUUAUGUUAAUGCUCAGAUUUUAUCAGUGACAUAUGAGUAGCUCAUCCUUUUUUUCUUUUUUUUGGUGACAUACAUUCUUAUUGACUAUACUACUAUUCGUUACCCAUUUGUUUGUUUAUGGGCAUUUAUGGUAUUUCUAAUUUUUGACUAUUGAAGAUGAAGCUGGUACAUAAUUUGUGUAUAAUUCUUCGUGUGGAUAUGUUUCAUUUAUCUUGUCAGUAACUCAAUGCAAAGUCUAAAUCCUAGAGUAGUUGAAUAUUUAACUUAAAGCAGCAGAUUGUGGUCUAAAUGAUUGUACUUUUUUGCAUUCUUACCAGUAGUGCAUAAUUUCCACUUCCACAUCCUAGUGAGUACUUGGUUUGGUCCGUUUUUCAUUUUAACUUUUUAUAAGUUUGUAGUGCUAUCUUACUUGUUUUGAUUGCAUUUCCCUAAGAAUUUAUGAUUAACAUUUUUUUAUUUUUGAGAUGUGUACCUGCUGUUUCUGUUAUCUUUGGUAAAAUGUGUUCAUAUUUUUCUGCCUGUUGUAUGGAUUUUAGCUAUUUUUCUUUAACAAAAGGACAGUGAAACAACAAAGAUAUAUGUUAUAAUUUUAUUUUGUGACUUUUCGGCUUUAUUAAAUAAUUGUUUUUAACAUUGGAAGAACAAUUUUUUCCAAUGUUAUGCCAUGUACAAUGGACACAUAUACUAUAUACUUUUAAUCUGCACUGUUAACAUAUUCACCAUUACUUUCUGAAGUCCAUUCAUUAAUACAAUAAACCCUCACUUUGUUGUCUUG